AUGAAAGCGUCAAUUAAAUCAUCACCAGACACAUCCUCAUCGAAACCUCCGAAUGAACAGGAAUCAGUGGAACAAAAAACUUCGUCAUUAUUUGGAUACUUAUCAAUUAAAUCUGGAACGAUUUCCCUUACCGUUAACGUCUCAAAGCUUCUAAAUGCUAUUAAGGAAGAACGUUCAAUGUCAAUUUGGUUUCUUCUUACAAAUUCAAAAAGGCAAGUUUUUCAUUCUACUUUCAAAGAUGAUUUUCAAGAAGUUUAA